GCCAGUAUCUGUGAAUGUAUAUGAAUAUUAAUAAAGCGUGGGGGCGUGGUCUCCCGGUGGAGGUCGGCUCGAGCGAACAUGGAGGUUUAGUGCUGUUUGGAUCUGCGGAGGAGACGCGCUGUUUUAUUUUGCUUUGUUCCAAGAUGGAGAUGAAGAAGAGGGUCCUCCUGGAGCUCAGGAACAGGAAGCCCAAGGACGUGGCGGAGCUGGUGGUGGAUAACUGCCGCUCCAGUGACGGGGAGGUGGAGGGUCUGACGGAGGAGUACUCUGGGCUGGAGAUCCUCAGCAUGGUGAAUGUGGGGCUCAGCUCGCUGUCCAGGCUGCCCCCCCUGCCCAAACUCAGCAAGCUGGAGGUGAGUGAUAAUGUGAUCUCUGGAGGUCUGGACUCGCUGCCAGAGAAAUGUCCCAACCUGACGUACCUGAACCUGAGCGGGAACAAGAUCAAGGAACUGAGCAGCAUCAAGACGCUGCAGAGCCUGAAGCACCUGAAGAGCCUGGACCUGUACAGCUGUGAGGUGUCCUCCCUGCAGGACUACAGGCCGAGCGUCUUCCAGCUGCUGCCUCAGAUCAGCUACCUGGACGGCUACGACCAGCAGGACAACGAGCUGCCCGACUCCGACAACGAUGACGAUGACGAGGAUGAAGAGGAUGAUGUGGCCGGUCCCCAUGGAGACGACGGCGGCGAUGACGAUGAAGACGAUGAUGAGAGCUCAGAAGGGGAGGAGGGGGAGGUGGGGCUGUCUUACCUGAUGAAGGAAGGCAUCCAGGAUGAGGAGGACGAUGGAGACUACGUUGAGGAGGAGGAGGAGGAGGAGGAGGAGGAAGACGGAGAUGCCGAGGCUGCGGAGGCUCAGGGGGAGAAGAGGAAGAGGGAGGCAGACGACGAUGGUGACGAUGACGAUGAUGAAUAAUUAACUACACCCACUCCCUCUGGGGACCUCAGGGCCGCAGACUGCCAUGUCAGGUCAGCUGCGAUGUGACUGGCCGAUCAUUUCCUCUGUACCAAACAUUUUAGAUUUCACCCCAAACCUUUUUUAUCCUAGCUCUCAUUGGCCGACGUAGUUUAACUUCCUGUUCACAGACUAACCCAGUGCUGUCUGAGAGGACUACAAUACCCAUGAUCCUCUGCGGUGUGCGGCCCUGCCUCUGUACAUAGACCGGUCUCUGUUGUGAAUCAUGACCUCUCCGAGUUCAUUUUAUUUUUUUAUUCUCGUCUUGUGUCGCUGUUUUCAAUAAAAACGGAUCAAACCUCA